CGUGUCGCCUUUUUCCACAAACCAAACCAACGUUCGCACACGAGAAGCAAGACACACACGACGACUUUGACGCGAUGAGCAGUGGCCAAGGCGACGAAGCUGCACAGCAGCAGCAGAAGAAGCAGCAGGAGAAGCGAGAGGAGGAAGAGGGGCAGCAGCCGCUCGAAGAAGGUGCAGAGGAGCCAUACCCGGAAGAUGAGGCGGACCUCGCCUACGAUGAGGAGGGCGAGGAGGGCGAGGAGGCCGCACAGGCGGAAGGCGCCACAAAGCAAGAAGGCUCUGGCGACACAGAAGAGGGUGGCGGUGACGAUGACGAGUUUGAGCAAUUGAGGCAACAGGUGAACCAGAACGAGUCUUCACUGCAGCAGGAUCGUGAAGCCCUCAACCAAGUCAUGAAGACCGGCUCCCAAGAGAGCCGCGAGGAAGCAGAUCGCCGCUCCGUCUUUGUCCAGAACGUUGACUACGGGACCUCUGAGGUUGAUCUGCAGCUCUUCUUCAAGGACUGCGGCCCCGUGCGCCGCAUCACCAUUGGCCGCGGGCCAACCGGGCAGCCAAAGGGGUUUGCGUAUGUUGAGUUUACGGACGAGGCCGCCGUUGAGACGGCAAAGGGGCUGACCAACCAGAUGCUCAAGGGCCGCCAGGUUACGGUGUUGAAUAAGCGCACCAACGUGCCUGGCCUGCGCAAGAGGGGCCGUGGCCGUGGCCGUGGUCGUGGCCGCUAUUUCCGCGGUUACAGGGGCGGACGCGGCAGGGGGCGCAGCCGUGGUGCCCGCGGCUAUGCCGUGUACUUCUCCACAUCAUAGCCACCACCACCACCACCACCACCACCACCAC